GGGGUUAUGUUGAUGCGGAAACUUGUUGUUUUGAAUAUAAAUGAAAGGUUGUCUGCAUAUAAGGUUACUUUAAAUGGUUUAUUGUAAUAUCUUGUUGGAAAUAAUAUAGUUAAAGGUUUACCUUACUUGUUUGUAUUUAUGAUAAUUGGUAGAAUAAUUAAUUGAAAUAGAAGUUGACACGUGCCGGUGUUUGCUUGCUGUGGAAAUCGGUCCAGCGGGGAUAAAGGAAUGCACAUUUAAGACAGAACCGCACAUUUGGUAGUCACCAAAACCAAAUCAUGAAUCAAGAUUCAUGGCUGAGCUGUGAGAAGACUGCCGUUCUUCAGGGGGCGUUUCUGUUGGCCGCCCGGCUGUACCAGCCUGCCUCACUCAGUGCCCUGACGAAGGAGGACUGGGGUAAGGUUUGCCACCCAAUUCUGCAGGCUGUCAGAGAAAUCUGCGGGCAGGACCGCGGUGGUUGCCAAACGACUUCCCACUGGAGGAAGAAAAUCCUCUGCAUCGUAUGGAGCAAGGUACUGGGAAGAGAGAGCAUGGAGGACGUGGAGAUCGGCUGGAGGGAGAAUCCAUUCUUCUCUCUGCAGAGCAGUCUGCCGGACAUUAACCGCACGGUUCUGUUUGAGCUGGUGAAGGUGACGGGCUUCUCUCAGAUCUACGCCGAGCUGCUUCUGUGUCUUCCUUCGGCCCAUCUGAGUGCCGAGCUUCAGAAACUAGUGCAACAUGUUGCCUGUAAUAGCACGGAGAAGGACGUCUGUGUCCUGCUGGAGGUGUGGUGGGAACUGUGGAAGGGCUGUGGAGGACAGCACAAGGAGGAUCUAGAUACAGUCUUUACCGCCAUGUGGACCCGGCUCGGCAACACCAACGUGGAGUUCUCUCCUCAGGCUGCCAAGAGAUUCAAGUCCGACCCAAAUACUCCAUCACCCCCACUCGCCACUGAUUUACUGUCCAUUUUUCUUAAUGCCCUGGAGGAGAUGGAAAGCCAUCUGAGCACGUCUGAGCUUUGCUGUUUUGCCCUGUCCAACUGCCUUGACUUCCUGUACACAACACAUCUGAUAGAUGUUGCUGACGUCCUCCCGGCUGAGGUGAAACUACAGAGCCUGACAGGCGCCGUGGCUGUCAGGAAGAGGCGCAGUGGGAAGGAGACGUUCAACCUGGUCCAGGUGAUCAGCGAGGCCCAGAGAGACCUUAGGGCAACCCACACACCCUCGCAGUUCAAACCCUGUGGAAUGACUCUGGCGCUGACCCUCCUGACCGUGUCACAGCUGACCCAGGCCUGGAUCCAGAGAGGGCUUUUCAAGAGCGUGGACGGCGGCAACCCUGGUGACUCUGCACUCCGGCUGAAAAGCAGCCUGGCCAGAGUUCUAAAGUCCCUAGAAGACCGAUCCGUAUUAGGGAACAUCGACGGGGCCGAGCUGCAGACACUGAACCAAGCACAAAGCACUUUGAGAGGCUUGUUAGAGUCACUUUCCUUACCCGACAUGGAGAGCAAUGCUGCAGAAAUGGCCCCAGUUGCCUUGGCAAUCAUUGACCACCGGUUAGAGGGUUUCCAAGACUUCACCAUGAUGUAUGCCACUGACCUUAGCUGGUCGCUGAGGGAGGAGGACUGGAUUAACUGUCUGGAAAGGAACAAAAACGCAUUCCAGCAGAAGGACAUUGUCCUGAAAUUGGUCUCCACUCUCAUCGCAAAGUGCCAAAUAGACAUCGAAGUUGGGCAGUGCAGAAAGCUGAAGGACACUAUCGUGGACAUUUUCUCAGAGCUUCCACUGGCUGAGAAGAACGCCACAUUAGCCGAAAUGCUAAUGUGCUCCAGCAGGGGUCUACAGGGUUCUCUGCCCCAGGCUGUGACCGAAGGAUUCAACGAGGAGCUCAACAUGGCCUUCAACUGCCUCAUCCAGGGCGGAGCCGCGCAGGGGGACCUUAGCUCAGCCGUGUCCGCCGUGGCCCGCGUGGCCUUCCAGAACCCGGAGGCCACUCUGCGGCGGUGCUGCCACCUGGCCGUGGUGAACCUCGGAGCCCACAGCCUCCUGUCACGGAUACUCCAGCAGCUAUCCGGACUGCGCGGAAACGCCCCCGGUGGCGUGGAGGGCGCUGAGGGGAGCUUGCUGUGCCGCUGUCUCCAAGAGACCGUCGUGACUAAACUGUCUUCCGCUAAGGAGGAGGACCAGUUUCUGCAAUUCCUGGUUGCGCUGAUGCAGCCGAGCAUUUCCGGGGGCGGCUGGAGUUUCCUGCUGCCCGAAGAGGUGGUGUGUGCCUUCGUCCUGCCUCACCUAUCCCCCUCUUCCUCUGGUGACUGCAGGCUGGAGCUGUGGCUGCGUCUGCUCCUCUCGGCCUUGUCGCUGGAUUCCCAGGAGCCCUCUCCUCACUGGGUCUUGAACUGCUCCCCGUUCCCCCUCCUCUACAUUCUGUGUCAGCUGCUGAAUGACGCCAGCAGGUGCUGGCAGCCGCCAGCAGAGGGCGCAUCAAGUCACAUAUCCAUGGACUGCAAGGACCUGCUAGUCAGCGUGCUGACUGCCCUGGGCAAGGUGGUGGGUGGGGAGGUAGCGUCGGCCCCCAACACCUGGUCCAGGGCCCUCUUCUGGCUUUACAAUAAAGCGGAGGCCCUGGAUUGGACUGUCCGCUUCCACCUCAAGGCAGUGUGGGGCGAGCACUUCAAGAACGAGGUGCCGUCCGCGCUCUUGGCCGUGUGUGAGCUGCCGGAGCGGGAGUGGUCCGGCCUGGAGCUGUCCCAGUACGGCCCGGGUACGGGCCUGCUGGCGUGGAUGGAGUGCUGCGGCCUCUCCAACGAGCUCCAGGAGACCAUGCUAACCUGCCUGGCUCUGGACCAGCACCGGCCCGAUGACGUCGACAUGUUCAGCAAAGGCGUGCUGGUGGCGCUGACACAGGUCCUGCCCUGGAGCACCGUCGCGGAGUGGGCCAGGCUGCUGGGGGCCACGCGGGAGCUGCUGCGCUCGGGCCGGCUGCACGUGCCUUUCUCUCUGGAGUACGUGGAGUUCCUCCCCCUGCUGGACCUGCGGCAGUUCUCCUGCGAGCUGCGCCUGUCUGUCCUGCUCCUCCGCGUCCUCCAGCUGCUCUGCGGCUCCAGCUGCUCCGACUGGCUGCCCGACCGGGGCUGGGCCCACGUGGGGAGGCUGUACGCCGGCGCCAUGCGGGAGCUCAUCGACUCCCUGAGGGCCAAGCUGCCCAUCUCCCCCGGCGACGCCUCACCCAAACGCCUGACGGAAGACCUGCCCUCUGCCAGCCAGGAGGUUCUGUUUGUACUGAGCCAGCUCUUCUGCCACGUGCAGCAUGUGCAGGUGAUGAUGCCGGGCGGGGAGUGCCAGGCCCUGUUCCUGUGUGCCCUGGAGAUCCUGACGCACUACGAGGACGUCCUGGUCGCCCACCCCGGCAGCAGCUCCCGUCUGGAGAGUAGGAACACUCGCCACUUCUUCACCACCAUCACAGACAACCUGGGGAAUGCUGAGAUGAAGGCUGUGUUGCAUCAAAAAAUAUCCCAGCUGUCAUCAGGUUGAUUUACUUUUCAGACAGCGGUUAAAUAAUGGUUUACUGUUCCCAGCCUGAGAUACUUAAAAAAAAAAAAAAAAAGUUUUGUUACUUUAUGUUGAAAAUGAAAUACACAUUUCAUUCAAUGUUUCUUAUCAUUUUUGCACUUAAAUAAAAUUGACUAAACAUUACGUGAUGUUGUUUAAGAGUUUAUUUAUCAAAAAUCACAUGGACAUUGAAACUACGUGAUGAUCCAUAUCACAAGGCUUGACCAAACGGCUUGGUGUUUCUCUUAAGCUAAAUAUUAUUGUUAAAUAAUUUAAC